CUUCUUUAUUAUUCUUCUUAUUAUUAUUACUAGAUUUUUUUACUAACUUUUUUUUUUAUUGUUUCAGGUCUCGUUCAAUUUUUUUUAUUUUUUUUUGUUUUCUUUAUUUCUUUCUUGUUUUAUUUUACUAACGUUGAACUCUUUUUCUUGUUUUUUUUACUAACGUGUUUUUUUCUUUCUUGUUUUUUGUGGUGAAAAAAAAAAAGAUAAUAUUGGAUCACAAGUGUUAGUUUGUGGAGUUUUUGCAGUGAUGGAAGCUAAACUUGAUAAGCUAGAAGCUAAACUCGACGAGAUACAAUUUUCUGUUACACAAAUGUUGUUCAAGAGCUAUCAACAACAGUUUAAGUCACCUCAAUGUUAUCCACAAGAGAAUUUUGAAAAUAUUUGGUGUGACCCACCUUGCUAUCAUCCACAAGGGCAAUUCCAACAGCCUAUUUAUGCACCACCAUGCUACUAUCUGCAAGAGGAAUUUCAAUAUCCUUUUCAUGAUCCACAUCAUUCACAAGAGGAAUUCCAUCAACCUUGGAAUGAUCCACCCCAAUUUUUGGAAGACCUUUCAAAGCAAUAUGAAGCAAACCAAGCCCAGUUUCAACAACCUCGACACGAGGAACCUUCCUUAUUGCAAGAAAUUCAAGACAUGUUGAACCAAAUGUCUGCAAAUCUCAAUGCAAAUGCUGAUCAACACCUGCAAGAUACUGCAAAUUUACAAGCUCCAGUUAACGAGCUAGUUGCACACGCUCCCACAUUGCAACAUGAAGCUGAUGCAGAGAUUGAUGAUGAAGUUAAUCCUUGUGUUGAUACUCAUCUUGAUGCUAGCACUGAUGGUUCUGGUGAUGUUAACGACUUAGAAGUCGAUGUUGCUUCUGAUGCUGAUUCUAAUGAUGAAGCCAACCAACAAGAAAUACAUCUCCCUCUUCCACAAAGAACUUAUGAGAAUGCAAAGAUGCAUCCUGGUGAAGAAGAGAAUAAGUUGUUGGAUGAUUUCAAUAAGUGUUUUGCAAGGGAUGAAGUUAAGAAGAUGGAUGUAGAACGUGGUACACAUGCUCGAAAAAAGUUUUUACUCAAACUGAACAUUGUCAUGAGUCGUGCUGACAGUGGUAGAAAACAGUUUGGGUUUGUUAAGAUUGUUGCAGAUGAGAUCCCUCCAAAACCACCCGACUUGUGGAUUGUUGUUGUUGUGCCUCAAGACUAUGAGCUUCCGCUGAAUGCAAGGCCUCCACCGGAUCCAGGUGAUAGCAGAUUCAGAGCAUUACCAGGUUUCAUGCCUCGCCAGCUCCCUUGA